AUGGUGAAGAGGAAAAGCCUGGACGACAACGAGCCGGAGUGCGGGAAAGGAAUCCCGUUCCCCAUCCAGACCUUCCUGUGGAGGCAGACCAGUGCAUUUCUGCGUCCAAAGUUGGGAAAACAGUAUGAAGCAUCUUGUGUGUCCUUUGAGCGGGUCCUGGUGGAGAAUAAGCUCCACGGGCUGUCGCCGGCCCUGUCAGAGGCCAUCCAGAGCAUCUCCCGCUGGGAGCUCGUCCAGGCAGCCCUGCCUCAUGUCCUCCACUGCACCUCCAUCCUGCUGUCCAACAGGAACAAGCUGGGCCACCAGGACAAGCUGGGCGUGGCCGAGACCAAGCUGCUCCACACGCUGCACUGGAUGCUGCUGGACGCCGCCCAGGAGUGCAACCACGAGCCCAGCCUGGGCCACGGCUGGUCCGCGGGCAGCAGCAGCAGCGCCUUCCUCCAGCCCGUGGGGAACCAGGGGUCGUCCCCGGGGGCCCCCGGCUCAUGCUCCGGCUCCGGCCUCGGAGGGUCAGGGCCCCAGCACAGCGGCUCCCUGCUAGAGGAGGAUGAGCACGCUCGCGCCAAGCUGUUCCACAAGAGCAUGGCCACAGUGGAGCUGUUCGUGUUCCUGUUUGCGCCACUUAUUCAUCGGAUAAAGGAGUCUGACCUGACCUUCCGAUUGGCCAGCGGCCUGGUAAUAUGGCAGCCAAUGUGGGAGCACCGCCAACCUGACAUCCCUGCCUUUACUGCCCUCAUCAAACCCGUCAGAAACAUUGUGACAGCGAAGAGAAACUCCCCAGUCAACAACCAGUGCAGCCCCUGUGGAUCUGGCAACCCGGGUCCCACGGGCUUCCAGGUGGUUUGCGAAGCCGUCCAAUCAGAUUCCUCCUCCCCCACGGCCGGAGAGCAGAGCUGUCGUCGUGGUAACUCGGUCGAGAAAGGUGGCCCCUCCCAACAACCCUCAGCGGUCAAAGGCCCUUCCAAGAAAAAGACGUCAGCCCCGGCCGGUCUGCCGACCUCCCUGGCCCAGCGAGCGCGCUACGCUACUUACUUCGACGUGGCAGUGCUGCGCUGCCUGCUGCAGCCGCACUGGACGGAGGAGGGCGUGCACUGGGCCUUGAUGUACUACCUGCAGCGCCUGAGGCAGAUCCUGGAGGAAAGACCUGAGCGCGUCCCGGAACCCUUGGUCACGCCUCUGCCGCGCCCACGCAGCAGCUCCAUGGUGGCCGCCACGCCGUCCCUGGUCAACACCCACAAGACUCAGGAUAUGAGUCUGAAAUGCAACGAAGAAGGAAAAUCUCUGAGCACAGAAACGUUCGCAAAGGUUUCUCUGACCAACCUCCGUCGACAGGCAGUCCCUGACCUCGCCUCUGACCUGGGCAUGAACAUCUUCAAGAAGUUUAAGAACCGGCGUGAGGACCGUGAGAGAAAGGGCUCCAUCCCCUUCCAUCACACGGGGAAGAAGCGCCAGCGCCGCAUGGGGGUUCCCUUCCUGCUCCACGAGGACCACCUGGACGUCUCGCCCACCCGCAGCACCUUCUCGUUCGGUAGCUUUUCCGGCCUGGGCGACGAUCGGCGGGCUCUGGACCGCGGAGGCUGGCAGGCCACCAUCAUGGGCAAAUUCACACGGAGAGGCAGCACCGACACAGCUGCAGACGCAGACAGCCUGAGUGCCAAACACUCCCACUCCCACCACUCCCUGCUCAGAGACAUGCCCGACCACUCCAACAGCCACAGCGAUAACACCGUGAAAGAGGUUCGAUCUCAGAUCUCUACCAUUACCAUGGCGGCGUUCAACACCACGGUGGCGUCCUUCAAUGUUGGCUACGCCGACUUUUUCACCGAGCACAUGAAGAAACUCUGUAACCCUGUGACUGUACCCGAGAUCCCUGUGGAGCCUCUGGCCUGCGCCAACCUGCCGCGCAGCUUCACUGACUCCUGCAUCAACUACUCCUGCCUGGAGGAAGGCGAGAACAUCGAGGGGACCAAUAACUUUGUGCUGAAGAACGGCAUGCUGGACCUCACUGCUGUCUUGCGGGCUCUCUACGCCGUCCUCAGCCACGACAUCAGCUCCAGGAUCUGCGACGUGGCCCUCAACAUCAUCGACUGCCUGCUGCAGCUGGGCGUGGUGCCUGGCAUGGGCAAGAAACUGUCCAAGCCCGACAACAAGGAGAACCAGGGAGGCGGGGCGGUCCCGGGGGCAGGAGCAGGUGGAGGGGGGGAUGGCGGCGGAGGCGGAGGUGGAGGAGGAGGAGGAGGAAGUGGUGGAGGAAGUGGGCAGGGGAGCAAGGAUGAUGUGAAGAAUAACAAGGAUAAUGAUAAAAAGGAGGAGGGCUCCAGCUUCAGCACCCACCGCCUGGCUCUCACCAUGCUGAUAAAGAUAGUCAAGUCGCUGGGCUGUGCCUACGGCUGUGGCGAGGGACACCGCGGGCUGUCUGGAGAUCGCCUCAGGAUGCAGGCCCAGAACUGCCUGACCAACCUUUACAAGCUGGACAAGGUGCAGUUUCGACAGACAAUGCGCGAGUAUGUCAACAAAGACUCUCUCAAUAACAUUGUGGACUUCCUGCAUGCACUGCUGGGCUUCUGCAUGGAGCCCAUUACUGACAAGUACGGCAGUGCAGGUGAGAGGUCCAGGAGGGCGAAAAAAAGAAACAUCGACAAGGCGGGCUUCGGGAACAACUUCACCACUGGGGACAACAAGUCUGUGGCGCAGAACAUGGAGGCGGUGGUGGUGGGAUGCAUGUUCAAGUCCCUCAUCACCCGCUGCGCCUCCACCACACACGAGCUGCACAGCCCCGAGAACCUGGGCCUGUACUGUGACAUCCGCCAGCUGGUGCAGUUCAUCAAGGAGGCCCAUGGAAACGUGUUCCGCAGGGUGGCACUGAGCGCGCUCCUGGACAGCGCCGAGAAGGUCACCGCCACCAAGAAACCCGAAGAGAAGGAGGAGACCAAACAGCCCGGACCCAGGAGGUCAGAGGCGGGUGUGUCCGGGGAGAAGGGUCAGGUGUCCAGUGCUGCAGAUGAGUGUCGCAGCUACAUCUCCAGCAGACCCCCCCAGACACCCGAACAUGAUGAGCAGAUCCCGGGCGCUCUGCUGGGCAGGAAGGAUUUUUGGAGGAAGAUGUUCAAGUCGCAGAGUGCCGCCAGUGACACCAGCAGCCAAUCGGAGCAGGACACCUCAGAGUGCACCACCGCCCACUCUGGGACCACCACCGACCGGCGCUCCCGGUCCAGGUCCCGCCGCAUUUCUCUUCGCAAGAAGCUGAAGCUGCCGAUAGGCAACUGGCUGAAGCGUUCCUCUCUCUCUGGACUGACCGAUGGCGUUGAAGACCUGCUGGAUAUCAGCUCAGUGGAUCGGCUGUCCUUCAUACGUCAGAGUUCAAAGGUGAAGUUCACCAGUGCGGUGAAGCUGUCAGAAGGGGGCGCUGUGGGGCCGGAGUACGCCAGGGACGAGGAGGAGAAUUUCUUCAAGCGGCUCGGUAAAUGGAGGUCUGGCAGGAGGAAUCCAUCCAAGCUUCACCACACAGAAGAGAAAGAUGGACCCCACGGGUUUCAGGAGCGCCUAGCGGCCAGCCAGGAGGCCAUGAAGAACAAGAAUGUGGUGAACCUGGGCGCCAUUCGCCAGGGCAUGAAACGCUUCCAGUUCCUCCUGAACUGCUGCGAGCCGGGGACCAUUCCUGACGCCUCCAUCCUCGCCGCUGCUCUGGACCUGGAAGCGCCAGUCGUGGCCCGGGCCUCCCUCUUCCUCGAAUGUGCCCGUUUCGUGCACCGCUGCAACCGGGGCAACUGGCCGGAGUGGAUGAAGGGCCACCAUGUAAAUAUCACCAAGAGAGGCCUGUCCAGGGGCCGAUCACCGAUUGUGGGCAACAAAAGGAACCAGAAACUGCAGUGGAACGCUGCCAAACAUUUCUGCCAGUGGGGAGACGCAAUCGGCACGAGGCUCAGUGAACUGUGCCACUCUGACAGCGAGAGCCCUGCAAACAUCCUGGGUUACAUUUUCGACGAGGAGACCAAGCGGAGAAUGAGAAAAGAGGACGAGGAAGAAGACUAUUUGGAUGACAACACAGUCAAUCCAACGAAAUGUGGCUGCCCCUUCGCUCUAAAGAUGGCCGCCUGCCAGCUGCUGUUGGAAAUCACCACGUUCCUGCGAGAGACCUUUCCCUGCUUACCGCGGCCGCGCACUGAGCCCCUCGUGGAUCUGGACAGCUGCCGCCUGCGCCUGGACCCGGAGCUCGGCCGCCAUCGCUAUGAGAGGAAGAUCAGCUUUGCGGGCAUCCUUGAUGAUGAAGAUGGACAUGAUUCACUCAACAGCAGCAGCCACACUCUGAAGUCAGACACCACCUGCGAUGACAAGAAGACCCAGGAGGCUCAAGAUGAUCUCUCCCCACUUCCGUCUUCCCCAGCACCCAUCCGUAAGAUUCGUAUCGGAGGCUCCCGGCUGCUUCAGAUCAAAGGGGCUCGCAGUUUCCGCGUAAAGAAAGGCGGCUCCCUGUCCUCCAUCCGCCGGGCGGGGAGCCUCAAGAGCACCAAGCUGUCCCGGCAGGACUCGGAGUCAGAGAACGAGGAGGGGCUGCUAUCACAAACACACAGCAGGGACACCGUCACUGACAUAGGCAGUCCCUUCAGCACCAGUGAACCCAGCAUAGAGCCAGAGGGCCAGGGCUCAGGAGGGGCAGAGGACAACUACCACCGCAACAUGUCCUGGCUACAUAUUAUGAUCCUGCUGUGCAACCAGCAGAGCUUCAUCUGUACCCACAUAGACUUCUGCCACCCACGCUGCUACCAGCACCACAGCCGCUCCUGUGCCCGUCUGGUCCGCGCUAUCAAGCUCGUGUACGGUGAGACGGUGGACAGCCUGAGGGAGGACAGCGCCUCCUCUGGUAACAUCGGGGCACGUGCCAAGAAGAGUAAAGAGUGUUCAGACAAGUCUUGCCUGAGGACCCCGUCCAUGAAGAGAAGACCCACUGACUCCAACACAGAAGGGAAGAAGGAUACUGGCAUGCUCAAGUACAUCCGCAACCAGGUGAUGAGCUUGUCACCAGCUCCUCUCUCACUGCUGAUCAAGGCAGCGCCCAUCCUGACUGACGACAUGUAUGGAGACGUGCAGCCGGCAGCCUGGGAACUCUUGCUCAGUGUGGAUGAACACAUGGCAGCUGCUGCCGCUGCCAUGUUCCUCCUGUGUGCCGUGAAGGUCCCCGACGCAGUGACCGAAAUGAUGAUGGCGGAGUUCCAUCACCACGAGGCCUGCCAGCGCAUUAACUCCAUCCUGAAGUUUUACACGCUGUGGCGCUUCCGCUACCAGGUGUGGCCUCGCAUGGAGGAAGGAGCCCAGCAGAUCUUCAAGAUCCCUCCACCCAGCAUCAACUUCACCCUGCCAUCUCCUAUACUGGGCAUGCCCUGUGUGCCCAUAUUCGACCCCCCCUGGGUGCCCCAGAACACAGGCAGCGUCCAGGACCCAAUCAAUGAAGACCAGUCUAAAUCCUUCUCGGCACGGGCGGUGUCGCGCUCCCACCAGCGGGCCGAGCACAUCCUGAAGAACCUGCAGCAGGAGGAAGAGAAGCGGCGUCUGGGCCGCGAAGCCAGCAUCAUCACGGCCAUCCCCGUGGCUCAGGAGGCCUGCUACGAGCCCACCUGCAGCCCCCCGCCUGAGCAGGAGGAAGAAGCAGAAGAAGUGGUGAACCUGGCAUCACGGCGUCUGUCUGUCAGCCCCUCCUGCGCCUCCAGCAACUCCCACAGGAACUACUCUUUUCGCCGGGGCUCGGUGUGGUCCGUCCGCUCGUUGGCCAGCGCCGAAGAUGAAGAGAACACAACAGAACACACUCCCACUCACCACAUGUUACAGCCGCCCCAAGCCGUCUUCCCAGCAUGCAUCUGUGCCGCAGUCCUACCGAUAGUGCACCUCAUGGAGGACGGGGAGGUUCGAGAGGAUGGCGUGGCUGUGAGUGCUGUUGCCCAACAAAUCCUCUGGAACUGCCUGAUCGAAGAUCCGGCCCUGGUUCUUCGCCACUUCCUGGAAAAACUUACAGUGAGCAACCGACAGGAUGAACUGAUGUACAUGCUGAGGAAGCUCCUGCUCAACAUCGGAGAUCUGCCGGCACAGACCUCUCAUAUCCUCUUCAACUACCUGGUGGGACUGAUCAUGUAUUUUGUGCGGACUCCAUGUGAGUGGGGGAUGGACGCCAUCUCGGCCACGCUGACCUUCCUGUGGGAGGUGGUCGGCUAUGUGGAGGGGCUCUUCUUCAAGGACCUCAAGCAGACCAUGAAGAAGGAGCAGUGUGAGGUCAAACUGCUGGUCACUGCGUCCAUGCCAGGAACCAAAACGCUGGUGGUGCACGGGCAGAACGAAUGUGACAUCCCAACACAGCUUCCUGUCCAUGAAGACACUCAGUUUGAAGCCUUGCUCAAGGAGUGUCUGGAAUUCUUCAACAUUCCCGAGGCCAGAUCGGCACACUACUUCCUCAUGGACAAACGAUGGAACCUCAUCCAUUAUAGCAAGACAUAUGUAAGAGACAUCUAUCCCUUCCGGAGAUCAGUCUCUCCUCAGCUCAACCUGGUCCACAUGCUGCCUGAGAAAGGACAGGAGCUCAUCCAGAAACAGGUGUUUUCCCGUAAACUAGAGGAAGUAGGCCGGGUCCUCUUCCUCAUCUCUCUCACUCAACACAUGCCAGCUGUGCACAAGCAGUCCCACGUCUCCCUGCUGCAGGAAGACCUCCUCCGCCUGCCGUCCUUCCCACGAACCGCCAUCGAUGCGGAGUUCUCGCUGUUCAAUGAGCCACAAGGGAAGGAGCUGUUUGGUCUGGACACCCUCCACAAGGUGCUGUGGAUCAAGCUGCUGGAGGAAAUGUUUCUGGGCAUGCCCAGCGAGUACCCGUGGGGCGACGAGAUGAUGCUCUUCCUCAACGUCUUCAACGGGGCGCUGCUGCUGCACCCGGAGGACAGCUCCCUGCUCAGGCAGUACACGGCCACCGCCAUCAACACCGCCGUUCACUUCAACCACCUCUUCUCCCUGAGCGGUUACCAGUGGAUCCUGCCGACCAUGCUGCAGGUAUAUGCCGACUAUGAGAGCGACCCUUUACUGAGGCAGGGCAUCGAGUUCUGCUGCCGGCAGUUCUACAUCCUCCACCGCAAACCCUUCAUCCUGCAGCUGUUUGCCAGUGUGGCUCCGCUGCUGGAAUUCACCACCAGCACUAGCACUGGUCUGUCUAAAGGCGUGUCAGCUCAGUGUCUGUUUGACCUGCUGGUCUCUCUGGAGGGUGAGACCCAGGACGCCUUGGAUGCGCUGGAGCUGGUUAAGGCUGAGAAACCUCUCCGCUCUCUAGAUUUUUGUUAUGGUAAUGAGGACUUGGCCUUUUCCAUCAGCGAGGCCAUCAAGCUGUGCGUCACCGUGGUCGCCUACGCCCCCGAAUCCUUUAGGAGUCUCCAGAUGCUGAUGGUGCUGGAGGCCUUGGUCCCCUGCCACCUCCAGAAGCUGAAGAGCAACACGGUUACGAUGGAGUCGGCCUCGGCUGCCAGGGAUGAGAUCGCAGCCAUCGCUGCUCUGGCCACAUCCCUGCAGGCCCUGCUCUACAGCUCCGAGGCCCUCACAAGGCCCAUGACAGCCCCCCAGAUGUCCCGCUGUGAUCAAGGCCAUAAGGGAGGUACUGCAGCUAACCACGCCAUGUCAGGAGGGGUCAACACCAGGGACAACCUCCACCUGCUGGAGGAGGGCCAGGGCAUGCCGAGGGAGGAGCUGGACGAGCGCAUCGCCAGGGAGGAGUUCCGCCGGCCGCGGGAGUCCCUGUUGAACAUCUGCACCGAGUUUUACAAACACUGCGGACCAAGACUGAAAAUCCUGCAGAACGUCGCCGGGGAGCCGCGGGUCACGGCCCUGGAGCUGCUGGACAUCAAAUCCCACAUGAGGCUGGCGGAGAUCGCCCACGCCCUGCUGAAGCUGGCGCCCUACGACACCCUGACCAUGGAGAGCCGAGGGCUGCGGCGCUACAUCAUGGAGAUGCUGCCCAUCACCGACUGGUCGUCCGAGGCCGUCCGCCCCGCCCUCAUCCUCAUCCUCAAGAGGCUGGACCGCAUGUUCAACAAGAUCCACAAGAUGCCCACGCUCAGGUGCGCUCGCCCACAGGCAUUAUGCACCAGGAGACAGGUGGAGUGGGAGGCGGCCAGCAGCCUGAUCGAGGGGAUCUGCCUGACCCUGCAGCGACAGCCAAUCAUCUCUUUCCUCCCACACCUUCGCUCGCUGAUCAACGUCUGCGUCAACCUGGUGAUGGGUGUGGUUGGCCCCUCCAGCGUGGCAGAUGGGCUUCCUCUUCUCCACCUCAGCCCCUACCUGUCCCCCCCGCUGCCAUUCAGCACAGCGGUGGUCCGACUGGUCGCCCUGCAGAUCCAGGCCUUGAAGGAGGACUUUCCUCUCAGCCAUGUGAUCUCACCGUUCACCAAUCAGGAGAGGCGAGAGGGAAUGCUGCUCAACCUGCUCAUUCCCUUUGUGCUCACUGUGGGAUCUGGAAGCAAAGACAGCCCCCACCUGGAGCAGCCUGAGAUCUUCCUCCUCCUCCAGACGGUCAUCAACAUCCUGCUGCCUCCACGGAUCAUCUCCACCUCCCGCACCAAGAACUUCAUGCUGGACGCGUCCCCGGCUCACUGCUCCACCCCGGGCGACACGGGCAAGGAUCUGCGCAGAGAGGGAUUGGCCGAGUCCACCAGCCAGGCGGCGUAUCUGGCUCUGAAGGUGGUGCUGGUUUGCUUUGAGCGCUCGUUGGGAAACCAAUGGUACCGGCUAAGCCUGCAGGUGAAGGAGAUGGCUCUGAGAAAGGUGGGCGGCUUGGCCUUCUGGGACUUCAUCGACUUCAUCGUCCGAACUCGAAUCCCCAUCUUUGUCCUGCUGAGACCUUUCAUACAAUGCAAGUUGUUGACCCAGCCCGCUGACUCCCAGGAGGAGAUCACAGCACGUCACCACAUCGCUGACCAGCUGGAGAGACGCUUCAUCCCGCGACCGCUCUGCAAGAGCUCCCUGUUUGCAGAGUUCAACAAUGAACUCAAGAUCCUGAAGGAGGCCGUGCAUAGCGGCUCCGCUUAUCAGGGCAAGACAUCCAUCAGCACGGUGGGCACCUCUACAUCAGCUUAUCGCCUCAGUUUGGCCACAAUGUCGCGUUCCAACACGGGCACCGGCACAGUGUGGGAGCAGGACAGCCAGCCGUCGCGUCAGCCCUCCCAAGACACGCUCAGCCGCACCGAUGAGGAUGACGAAGAGAAUGACUCCAUGAGUAUCCCCAGCGUGGUGAGCGAGCACGAGGCCUUCCUGCCCAGGGUGAUCGCACAGCGCCGUUUCUCCAGCCACGCCACAGGCUCAGCGGCCUCGCAGCCCGAGGCCCCCCGCACCACCAUGCUGCCCAGCCACAGUGAACCCAAUGUGCUAGAUGAGUCCCAGGGUCUUCUGCAGGAGGGUAACCUCUCUAGGGUUGCCAGUGUGCAGAGUGAACCGGGCCAGCAGAACCUUCUGAUCCAGCCCCCGUUAGGAAGAAAGCGAGGCCUCAGACAGCUACGGCGCCCCCUGCUGUCCAUCCCAAAGAAUGAACCACGUGGUCGAUCUGGAGCGAGGCUUUCCACAACCCGCAGGAGCAUCCAGCCCAAGAACAAACCACUGGAAACUUUAUUGGACUGUGAAGCGCAUGGAGACCAGAAGAGGUCAGUCACCUUCACGGAGAAUCAAAGCCAGCAGCCGCCCACUCCCAGCACUGCAGAGCCUCCAGCUGAGGGCAGGAAGGCCAGUCCUGCCCUUUCCAAGUCCCCGACACUGGAGGUGCCCUCUUCCUCGUCGGCCACGGUCACUGCCGACCUGCACAGCCCUGCUAACACACAGCGUCUCAUUUUCCAAACUGAAGCUACAGGACCAACCUGUGUUCUCACCCAGGCCCCUCCAGCCAUAAGCAGCAAGGAGAAGAGAGAGCAGUGGGGUCUGCGCAGCAGCCUCUCCCCUCCCCCCUCCAUCUCCCGCCCCUCCACCCCAACACCCCCAUCGAGAACCUGCUCCCCUCUGCCCCUCUCCCGGACCUGCUCCCCUCUCCCCUUGUCCCGCACCUCCUCUCCUCUCCCUCCGCCCCUCCCAGUGCUGGGUACAGCGCCAGCCCCGGGCCCCCCACCGCCCCCGCCGCUGCCUCCGGCCCCUCUCCUGCCUCCCCCGCCUCCGGGGCCACCCCGGAUCAGAGAGAGCCCCGGUGACGAGGACACAACGGCGCUCCUGCCACGCAGCGACACACUGCUGCAGCUCAGCGAGGACGAUGGCACAGAGAACCCCCUUCUCACCCCUCUGCUCUCCCCUCCCUCGCCCCGCCGGUCACCCCGCAGGUCACCCCUGCCCCUUUCCCCCGUAGACCUGGACCUGGAUGAGUCCCACGUGUGA